AUGUCUUGUCUCAGCACUGCUCGUGCUGAUGCUGAUGCUACCUUUACUCUACGCGCUUUUCUCGUCUUUGCUGCUGCCUCUUCUCAACUAUAUACAAAAAAAUCCACCAUGGCCGAAGCCCAGACAUUGGAAAAACUUGAGUCCGGCUACAAGAAGCUGAAGGAGUCCGAUUCCAAGUCGCUCCUGAAGAAACACUUGACCCAAGAGAUCUUCGACAAACUCAAGACCAAGACAACCCCAACUUUCGGCUCCUCUCUUCUGGAUGUUAUCCAAUCUGGCCUCGAGAACCACGACUCAGGCGUCGGCAUUUAUGCCCCCGACGCGGAGUCCUACACCGUCUUCUCGGACCUCUUCGACCCCAUCAUCGAAGACUACCACGGCGGCUUCAAGCGCACCGACAAGCACCCGCCCAAGAACUGGGGUGACGUGGGCGUAUUCGGGGACUUGGACCCCACCGGAGAGUACGUCGUGUCGACCAGGGUGAGAUGCGGCAGGUCGUUGGAGGGAUACCCGUUCAACCCUUGCUUGACGGAGGAGCAGUACAAGGAGAUGGAGCAGAAGGUCGCGUCGACGCUGUCUGGACUGGAAGGCGAGCUGAAGGGAGUAUUCUACCCCCUCACCGGCAUGAGCAAAGAGGUCCAGCAGAAGCUGAUCGACGACCACUUCCUCUUCAAAGAGGGCGACCGGUUCUUGCAAGCAGCCAACGCCUGUCGCUUCUGGCCCACCGGGAGGGGCAUCUACCACAACGACGCCAAAACCUUCCUGGUGUGGUGUAACGAGGAGGACCACCUGCGCAUCAUCUCGAUGCAGAUGGGCGGCGAUCUCGGGGCGGUGUACCGCCGUCUCGUCAACGCUGUCAACGACAUCGAGAAGCGGAUCCCGUUCUCGCACAACGACCGGCUCGGCUUCCUCACCUUCUGCCCGACCAAUCUGGGCACGACCGUACGCGCGUCGGUGCACAUCAAGGUGCCCAAGUUGGCUGCCAACAAGGCCAAACUGGAGGAGGUCGCUGCCAAGUACAACUUGCAGGUGAGAGGCACUCGCGGGGAGCACACGGAGGCCGAAGGGGGCAUCUACGAUAUCUCCAACAAGAGGCGCAUGGGGCUCACCGAGUUCGAUGCCGUCAAAGAGAUGUACGACGGCAUCGCGGAGCUGAUCAAGAUCGAGCGGGAAUUGUAA